AUGGCCGCCCUCGGCGACAGAAGAUUAGUGUUGGUUUUGGUACCGCGAUGCGAAGCACCGAGCUUGCUGCCUGAAGUUUACUGGGUGCUGGGCCGACCGCUGGUGGGCUCACUCGCUCAUGACGUUUGCCUGGCCGGCGGCGCGAAACCGGCUUUUCCUACUGGCUUAGCGGGCAGCGGCCGCCCGCCAGCAUGUGCCGGACGACGAUGA